AUAUCACGUCACAGUAAUCGCAGGUAACAUAAUCAAUUAGCUUUGUCAGGAUUCCGGCAAUAGUUACUUGAUAAGUGGCAGGCAGGUGAGCCAUCGUAUUGACCAAGCUUUGAUAGGCAGUGUCGUGUCGGGCAUAGAAGGAAAUGUGACACCACGACUGGCUAUCAACGGCACCACAUGGCUCGAUCCCUGCAUCUCGUCAGCACUAGGCUACCUCCUAGUAGUAGCCUCCAGACUAGUAGAUAGAUAGAUAGAUAGAUAGAUAGAUAGAUAGACAUGUGCGGUCGCAGUGCGUUCCUGUUCCUCGUCCCUGUCAAUCAGGGCAUCUAUUUAGCGUUCAUGCUAUCGCUUCACACUAACCAUCCACCCGAUCUGACCGAAUAAUCGCCAUCAUUUCGCCAUCUGACUGAUUCUUACGACUUCAUCACCAUCGGCGCAAUGCCCCCAAAAUCAGGAGUUCUCGUCCCGUUGUACAUUUACCCUCUAUCAGCGACGACAUGGGCUCCACUAUACGACGCUAUAACUGCCCACCCCGAUCUAGACUUCCUGGUGGUCGUCAACCCCAACAGCGGACCGGGCGACCUCCCCUCCCCGAACAAGGAUUACGCCCGCGAGGUCCCCAAGCUCAACGCCUUUCCGAACGUCUACACCGUCGGCUACAUUCGUAUCCACUACUGCGAUAAGCCUCUGGAGGAGGUCUACGAGGAGAUCGAUCGGUAUGCUAGCUGGUCGGCCUGCGAUGGUUUAGGAUUAGGUGGGAUUCUGCUUGAUGAAACGCCAAACCAUUAUUCGGAGGAGAGGGAGGAGUACCUGCGUGCUUGUACGGAGUUUAUCAAGGGGAAUGAGGGGAUUCUGCGCGAUCGGAUGGUCGUCCAUAACCCAGGCACACCCCCCGAUGCCGGGUUGGCCGACACCUGUCCGGAUCUGAUUCUGACCUGCGAAGAGCCGUACGAGAGGUACCGCUCCGACGAGGUGCAGCGUCGACUGGCCGAACUGCCCUAUGACCAAGUCCGAUGCGGGUACAUGAUCAAUGCGGUGCCAGUCGGCGAGCUGGUUGGCCUGGUGCGCGAAUUGCGCGAUCGCGCGGCGUAUCUGUUUGUCACGGAGGUGGAGGGGGAUUUCUACGAGCGAUUUGGACCAACCAGUUGGAUGCAAUUGAUGCAUGCGCUGAAAAGCGAUUCAGAUUCGGAGAUAGUGUAGUGUAUGUACUGUGUAUCUUAGUGGUCUAGGCCUAGGUCUCGGCGUGGAUCGAAUAGAUCUGUCAUUCUUGCGUGUUUAGCU